AAAGUUGAGAACAUCCAUUUCGGCGCACCAUAUGAACUUACAUUGAGAAUCCUUUGCUAUUUAAUACCCAUUGUUUCCAAUAGCAUUAUAGUUUGUCUUGGAGUCGUCUAGGUUACUAGAAUAUUCAGAAAUACCUCGGCUGAAAGCAAACCUCUUAAUCGUGGUUCUCCUUUUCAAACUCCGUCCCUUCCAAACCUCUCACCUCUCAUGUGUUCUCUUUAACAUCCUGUAUCUUGAGAAAAGAAAAACGAAGUACUAUUCAAUAUGUCACAUGAAGAGCUUAAGAGAAGGAGGCGAGAGGAUUAUGGCUACGUUUUGGAAUAUAGAACACGUUGGUCUGAUAAUGAUAUGUAUGACCAUAUGAAUAAUAGCAUUUACAACUUCCUGUACGAUUCAAUCGUAAACUCAUAUCUUAUCGAACAUUGUGGUCUGCAUCCACCCACCUCAUCUCAAUACGGCCUAGUUGUGCACUCCCAUGGUGAUUUCUUUGGUUCAAUCGCAUUUCCAGCUGUCGCUGAUCUAGCUUUACGUGUCAACAAGCUUGGGAACAGCAGUGUUACUUACGAAAUCGGGUUAUUCGAGAGGGGAGUUGAAGAAGUCAAGUCAGUGGGUGAAAUCAUUCACGUGUUUGUUGAAAGAGAGACUGGCCGACCAGCAACGCGAGGUAUGAACGACACAAUCAAACAAGGACUCAAGAAGAUCCUCCAACCACAGCCAAAACUUUAA